AUGGAGGCACAGCUCCUGGUCCUUGAUAGGGGGAGGAAAACAGGCCCACGACCGGGAGAGCUACAGCUACAGGAGAGUCUCUAUCCAGUUCUGCCCGCUAGGGGAGCCCCAGUCAGCUCCACUGCUCCACUUGAUGCAGGCCUCCGCCCAAAGACGAAGUUAGUGCAACAGGCCCCAGAAGACGAAAUGUCUCCCCCGCCCUAUGUGCCUGAGGAAGAAAGUGGAAGGACAACCCCGCCAGUGACGCGGUCGCAGGCGCAGAAAAAGCAGGUUGAGGAAGAAGGUGCAGGAGAGGAGGAGAUUCAGAAGCCAACAUUUGAAGGAGAGGCUACUAAUACUUGCCCCUUAAGGGAGACCGUGGACCCUAGAACAGGAGCAACCCGGCUAAUUUAUCAACCAUUCACCACCACUGAUUUAUACAAUUGGAAGACCCAGACCCCUUCAUUUUCGGAACAGCCUGAGCCAGUGACCACCUUAUUUGGGUCAAUCAUUAAUAGCCACCAGCCAACCUGGCAGGACUGCAAUCAGCUCCUGAUCACAUUCUUUAAUACUGAGGAGCGUAAGCGUAUAAUUCAGGGGGCAAAGAAAUGGUUGUUAACUUUUAAAAAGGAUGGUGAAGAUGAUGAAACAAUAUUAAAGGCUGCUUUCCCAGUAGAAGAUCCAUUGUGGGACCCCAAUAAUAAGGACCAUAAGGAUAGAUUGGCUAUAUACCAACAGGCUAUACUGAAAGGAAUACAGGCGGCAGGGAAGAAAGCAACAGAUAUGCGUAAGAUACAGGAGUGCCAUCAAAAACCUGAUGAGCCUCCUGGGGCAUUUUUAGAGAGAAUUUAUGAAACUUACCGGCAAUACACGCCAUUUGACCCAGAGGCAGAUGAGAAUAAACGGAUGGUUCUUACCACCUUUGUCAGCCAGGCAGCAGGGGAUAUAAGAAGGAAACUACAGAAGCAAGAUGGCUUCCUAGGCAUGAAUAUAGAGCAGAUCCUGGAGAUAGCACAUAAGACUUUUAUUAACAGGGAACAGGAAGAAAAGAGGCAAAGUGAGAGGAAGAUGAAGAAGAAAGCAGAGUUGUUAGCAGUAGCCCUGACGCAAUUUCCACAGCGCGGGGCACCCCAAGGAAGGGGAAGGGGAGCCGGGAUUGGAAGAAGGGUUCAGAGGCCCCUGGGCCCCAAUCAAUGUGCCUACUGCCACCAAGAGGGCCAUUGGAAGAACGAGUGUAGAGAAAGGUUGCAGAAUGUCAGAGGACGUGGAAGGGGACGAGGUGGUUACCGAGGAAGAAGAGAUGGCUAUGGGAAUCGGGGAAUAGAGCCCAUGGUCGAAAUUUCUGUAGGGGGCCAAAACAUAUCUUUCCUGGUAGAUACAGGGGCUGAACAUUCAGUUGUAACACAGCCAGUGGCCCCAGUGACAGGGAAAACAAUAGUUGUAAGGGGGGCAACAGGGGUUUGCCAGAGACAACCUUUCCUGGCUGCCCGGACUUGUAAUCUUGGCUCACAUGUUGUGCGCCACCAGUUUUUAUAUGUGCCCCAGUGCCCUGUCCCAUUGCUAGGCCGAGACCUGCUGUCUAAAUUGCGGGCUACUAUUUCAUUUGAAAAAUCAGAAGAUGUGACCCUAGGAAUUGGUUCCCCUGCUAUGAGUUCCAUAGAUACAGGAGCAUACGUAUUAGAGUGCCCUCUAGAGGAAGAAUGGAGGCUCUACCAGCUUAGGGGCAGUGAACAAUCACCUUCACUAUCACAGGAAUAGAAUCGAUUUCCAGGGGUCUGGGCAGAAGACAAUCCUCCAGGAUUGGCAAGGCUCCAUACCCCUAUAGUAGUUCAGAAAGAACCUGGAGCCCAACCCAUCCGUAUAAGACAAUAUCGUCUUCCUACUGCAGCAAUACAGGGCAUACAGAAACACCUAGACCACCUCCUCAAGUAUGGCAUCCUGAAGGAGUGUCAGUCUCCUUGGAACACCCCCUUGCUGCCAGUCCAGAAGCCAGGAGGGGAUUAUAGGCCAGUGCAAGAUCUGCGGGCAGUUAACCAACGAACUGUAACAAUCCACCCUAUGGUGCCUAACCCCUACACUUUGUUAGGCCUUGUCCCGCAGAGGGCGAACUACUUUAGCGUUUUGGACAUCAAAGAUGCGUUCUUCUGUCUGAGGCUCGCCCCUGUUAGCCAGCCCCUUUUUGCCUUCCAAUGGGAAGAUCAGCAUACAGGUCGUAAGUUACAGUAUACCUGGACAAGGCUUCCCCAAGGCUUCAAGAAUAGCCCUGUGUUGUUUGGCCAAGCAUUGGCCCAAGACUUAGCUCAUUUUCCCCUUGACCCCGAACAAGGGGUGUUGCUGCAAUACGUUGAUGACUUGUUGGUGGCAGCAGUGGGAUGGGAGGUAUGCUAUGAGGCUACCCAGAAGUUACUUGAAGUCCUCCAUGAGGCAGGCUAUAAAGUGUCUCGGAAGAAAGCCCAGUUAUGUCAGCCCCGAGUAAAGUAUUUAGGCUUUGAAAUAUCAGAAGGAACCAGAUCCCUGGGACAUGAGCGUAAGGAAGCUGUUUGUUCCAUUCCAGAACCCAAGUCCCGUAGGCGUGUGAGGGAGUUCCUAGGAUCUGCAGGUUAUUGUCGGAUAUGGAUUCCUAAUUUUGCGGAGAUAGCACGGCCACUAUAUGAAGCCACAAAGGGGGGAGAACACGACCCAUUCUUAUGGGGAGAAGAGCAGAGGCAAGCUUUCAGAACUUUAAAGCAACAACUGUUAGAGGCCCCAGCUCUUGGCCUGCCAGAUCUUAUGAAGCCCUUCUGUCUUUUCGUGCAUGAGCGAAACGGCACUGCAGCGGGAGUAUUAACUCAGCGUUUGGGAAACUGGGAACGACCUGUAGCCUACCUGUCAAAACAGUUGGAUGUUGUGGCAAAAGGCUGGCCAGCCUGCCUCCGUGCAGUGGCAGCCACAGCAGAGCUAGUUAAAGAUUCACAGAAGCUGACCUUAGGACAGAAGGUCUGUGUAAAGGUUCCCCAUUCAGUACUUGCCUUGAUGGACUAUAGGGGGAGCUACUGGUUCACAAAUGUUCGCAUGACUCGAUAUCAGGGGCUUUUGUGUGAGAACCCACAGGUUGAGAUCGGGGUGAUUAGUGCCCUUAAUCCAGCGUCACUACUCCCUGUUAGUGAUGAAUGUCCAGAACAUGACUGUCUCCAGACUAUGGACGAAGUAUAUUCUAGUCGAAAGGACUUGACUGAUGUUCCCAUGCCAAACGCAGAUAUAGAUUAUUUUACUGAUGGCAGCAGUUUUGUUGACCAGGGAAUAAGACGUGCGGGGUAUGCUGUUGUCACUCAUGUGAAAGUCAUUGAGGCCAAGCCCCUACCUGCUAAUACCUCUGCCCAAAAGGCGGAACUCAUUGCCUUAACAAGGGCCCUUCAACUGGCCGAAGGAUUAAAGGUUAAUGUCUGGACUGACUCAAAAUACGCUUUCCUUACUCUGCAUGCUCAUGGGGCACUAUAUAAAGAGAAGGGCCUUAUCACUGCCUCUGGGAAGGGAAUUAAGAAUGGCCCUGAAAUUCUGCAGUUGCUUCAGGCUGUCCAUGCCCCACUGAAAGUAGCAGUGAUGCACUGUCGGGCACACCAGAAACCAUUAAGUCCUGUAGCUAGGGGAAACCGGCGGGCAGAUGAGGCUGCAAAGGCAGCUGCUAGGGAAGAAUAUUUGCAACCGUCUCCUCUUCAAUGCCCUGUUUUCCAAGUCCAAGUGUCCGAAUGGACCCCUAAAUACUCUCAAGAGGAGGAAGAUUGGGCCAGUACACAGAAUGUCCAGCGACAUCAUGGAUGGCUCCAGUUCCCUGAUGGGAGGCUCUUUGUACCAGAGUCAGUUGCUCAUGCUAUAGUGCGGACUGCCCAUGAAGCCACACAUUAUGGAAAAUCUGCGCUAGCUGAACUGUUAAACAGGGACUUGUACAUCGCUAAGUUGCAUGGACUGUGUGCGGCAGUGUCUAGAAGUUGCGCUGUCUGUGCCAGAAAUAACCCCCGACAAGGGCCAGGUCCUCCUCCUGGGUUCCAGCCCCCUGGGUCUCUGCCGUUUCAAUCGCUGGUAGUAGAUUUCACUGAAUUACCACGGUGCCAGGUCUUUCGAUAUCUGUUGGUGUUCGUUGAUUCCUAUUCUGGGUGGGUAGAAGCAUUUCCCACAAAGACUGAGAAGGCAGGGGAAGUUAUCAGGUGCCUGCUUCGGGAAAUUAUUUGUAGGUGGGGCCUGCCAGCCAUAAUCGGGAGUGACAACGGCCCAAGUUUUAUUGACAAAAUAGUCCAAGGUGUGUCUAGGUUGCUAGGAAUCCGAUGGAAGUUGCAUACAGCAUACAGACCUCAAAGUAGUGGUCAAGUGGAAAGAAUGAAUAGGACCCUUAAAACUCAAUUAGCAAAAAUAUGUCAGGAAACUGGUCUGCAGUGGCCACAAGCCCUGCCCAUAGUUCUUUUCCAAGUCCGUUGCCGGCCAAAUAAGCGUACAAAACUGUCCCCAUUUGAACUGAUGUUUGGCAGGCCAGCCCCUAUUUUGCAAGGUAUAACUGGAGACCCCUGUCAGCUAGGAGAUUUGGUGCUCAGGGAACAAGUUAUGGCACUGGGCAAAACGUUACAGCAAUUACGGAAGUAUGUAGGGGAACAACAGCCCCUCCCUGUGUUUAACCCAGUGCAUAAGUAUCAACCAGGGGAUGAGGAGGUGGCACAAGAAGUACCAGUCCCGGUUCCUGGACGGAAUCUCUUUCUAACACUAGCAGAACAGAUAGCUGCUUCCCUAAAUGUUACUGAUUGUUGGCUAGGCCAAACUCUGGGAAUCCCCUUGUUUGAUGAUUUGCAACACUCUAAGCGAUCAAUAGACAUCGGGGGGACUCAAUGGGGAGACAAGUGGCCUCCACAGAGAAUUAUAGAGUAUUAUGGUCCUGCUACGUGGGCACAAGAUGGGUCCUGGGGCUAUCGAACUCCAGUUUAUAUGUUAAACCGCAUAAUCCGGCUUCAAGCAGUCCUUGAAAUAAUAACAAACCAGACUGCUUCAGCCCUAGAGCUUUUGGCCCGACAGCAGACUCAGAUGAGGGCUGCUAUCUAUCAAAAUAGAUUGGCUUUAGAUUACUUGCUGGCAGAGGAAGGAGGUGUAUGUGGGAAAUUUAAUUUAACUGAUUGCUGUCUUCGUAUUGAUGACAAUGGGCAAGCGGUCACGAACAUAGCUUCUAACAUCCACUACUGUUUCAAAGAUGACAAUGUUGGCGACCCCAGUGUCAACUCCGCCCACAAGGGAAUUUGCCCCUAG